AUGGCUCCUCAUUUCGUCUUCCCUCGAACUCUUCAAGACCUCGAAGAAGAACACCAAGAUAACCGUCUCUACGUCCACAACUCUCUCAACAUCUCUUCCUUUCGCUCCUCCCAACUUGAAGAGUUCGUCAAAGAUGUGUCGUUCGAUCUCUCCGAUAAAGAACUCUUGUGCGUUGAGGAUCAAGAUGUUUUCGAUCGCGUCUACUCCUUGAUUCGCGGUUACGCAAGUCUCCCGGAUUCUUGUAAAUUGAACCUCGUCGAAAGUCUUCGUUCCAAUCUCAGUGUGCUUCUACCUAAUGUCGAUUCGCUUUCCAGGGUUUCCAAUUCACACGAUGAGGAUAUUCCUGUUCUGGAUCGUGUCGCUUCUCAUCGUAACUCUUUUAAGAUAUACACCUUCUUCCUCCUUCAAAUUGUUCUUGCCGAACACUCCAAUCACUCCUCCAAGGUGGUAGUAGCAAGUUCAAGGAAGAAACAAGCUGUGAAUUCGUGGAAUUGGGAGGCACAGAGAGCUCGUAUACUUAAUCUGAUUGCUAACUCAUUGGAGAUCAACCUUGAAUUGCUUUUCGGUUCAGCGGAACUUGAUGAAAGUUAUCUAUCAUUCAUUACAAAAAAUGCAUUCUCUAUGUUUGAGAAUGCCGCAUUCUUAAAAGAUUCCGAUGCAAAAGAUGCUCUCUGUCGUAUAAUUGGAGCGUGCUCUACCAAGUACCGUUACACGGCACAAUCGUGUGCGUCCAUAAUACACCUAAUUCACAAAUAUGAUUUUGUUGUGACCCACAUGGCUGAUGCAGUGGCUGGUGCUGAGAAGAAGUAUGGAGAUGGAAGCCUGGCCACCUCCCUUGUUAGGGAGAUUGGAAGGACGAGUCCGAAAGAUUAUGUGAAGGACACUGUUGGUGCUGAAAAUGUGGGGCGUUUUCUAGUAGAGCUUGCUGAUCGCCUUCCAAAGUUGAUUUCCACAAACAUUGGGAUUCUUGUUCCUCACUUUGGUGGAGAGUCCUAUAAGAUUAGAAAUGCUCUUGUUGGUGUUCUGGGGAAGCUAAUAGCGAAGGCAUUUAAGGAUGUUGAUGGUGAAGUGAGUUCUAAAUCCAUUCGCUUGCGUACCAAGCAAGCUAUGUUGGAAAUUUUGCUUGAGCGUUGUAGAGAUGUUUCGGCUUAUACAAGAAGUCGAGUUCUUCAGGUAUGGGCUGAAUUAUGUGAAGAACACUCUAUUUCAAUUGGUCUGUGGAAUGAGGUUGCAGAAGUUGCUGCUGGAAGAUUGGAGGACAAGAGUGCAAUGGUAAGAAAAUCUGCUUUAAAUCUGUUAAUCAUGAUGCUGCAGCACAACCCAUUUGGUCCACAGCUUCGAAUAGCUUCAUUUGAAGCAACCUUAGAUCAGUACAAAAAGAAGUUAAAAGGGCUUGAGCCUUCAGAAUGUUCAGCGGAUGAUUUACCAUCUGAUUCUGAUAAUUUUAAUGGUGAUGGUGAAGUUGAGGAUUUAAAUUUUGAAAAUGUUGCAAAAGAGCAGCAAGACAGUUUAACUGAUACUUGCAUGACCCAGACAGAAGAUGCGAUCCCUUUGCAGAACAAUAGUGUGCCAGAUGUUGGGAACUUGGAGCAGACUAGGGCCUUGGUUGCAUCGCUUGAGGCCGGAUUGAGGUUCUCUAAAUGCAUAGGGGCCACAAUGCCAACACUUUUACAAUUGAUGGCUUCUUCUUCUGCUACUGACGUUGAAAACACAAUUCUAUUAUUGAUGAGGUGCAAACAGUUUCUAAUCGAUGGCUCAGAGGAAUGUCUCCGAAAGAUGUUACCACUGGUAUUUUCCCAUGACAAAUCCAUCUAUGAAGCAGUGGAGAACGCUUUCCAUACAAUAUACAUCACGAAAACUCCAAUCGAAACUGCCAAGAAUCUCUUGACUCUUGCAACUGAUUCCAACAUAGGAGAUCUGGCAGCUCUUGAGUUUAUAGUUGGCGCCCUGGUCUCUAAGGGUGAUAUAUCUUCCAGCACAAUAUCAGCAUUAUGGGAUUUCUUUUGCUUCAAUGUUGGUGGAACCACUGCAGAGCAAAGCCGUGGUGCUUUAUCUGUCCUUUGCAUGGUCGCGAAGACAUUAACUGGUGUGCUUGGCUCACAUUUACAGGACAUCAUUGAUAUUGGGUUUGGUCGUUGGUCUAAAGUUGAUCCUUUGCUAGCUAGGACAGCAUGUCUUGCUAUCGAGAGACUGUCCGAUGAUGACAAGAAAAAAUUGUUGACUAAUAAUAGUGUUCGAAUAUUUGGUAUUCUCGAAAGUUUAAUCACUGGUUUUUGGCUUCCAGCGAAUAUUUGGUAUGCUGCUGCUGACAAAGCAAUAGCUGCCAUGUACGCUGUUCACCCUACUCCAGAAACCAUAGCAGCUGAUAUGAUAAAGAAAUCUCUCAGUUCUGUUUUCAAUGACGGUGGUGGUAAUUUGCAGAGUGACAUUGAUGCUAGUAAUGGCUGCAUGCCUAUCACCGUUCAAGUAGCAAAACUUAGCAGAUGUUUGUUUGUCAUAAGUCAUAUUGCCAUGAAUCAACUUGUAUAUAUUGAAUCCUGUGCCCGUAAAAUUCAGAAGCAAAAGCUUACGAAAGAGAAAAAGGACAUUGAGAAUCAGAGUAUAGACAGUAAUGGCACUGCAUCAACUGGUACACAGAAGGAUAAUGAUAUAAAUGCAGAGUUAGGAUUUGCUGCCUCUGAGGAUGCCGCACUUGAUGCUUUGUUUGAAAAAGCAGAAAAAGAAAUAAUUUCUGGCGGUUCAAAUGUAAAGAAUUUGGUUGGUAUCUGUGCCACCUUUUUGUCAAAGCUUUGUAGAAAUUUUGGACUAAUGCUGAAGUAUCCAGAGUUACAGGCAUCUGCAAUGCUUGCUUUGUGUCGAUUGAUGAUUAUUGAUGCAGAUUUUUGUGAUGAAAAUCUCCAGCUCCUCUUCACAGUUGUGGAAAGUGCACAUUCAGAAAUUGUCCGUUCUAAUUGCACUAUUGCACUGGGAGAUUUAUCAGUACGGUUUCCCAACCUUCUAGAACCAUGGACCGAAAACAUGUAUGCCCGCCUACAAGAUCCUUGUGUAUCUGUAAGGAAGAAUGCUGUUUUGGUGCUUUCACAUCUCAUACUAAAUGACAUGAUGAAGGUGAAAGGGUACAUUAAUGAAAUGGCUGUAAGAUUAGAAGAUGAAGAUGAGAGAAUUUCAAAUCUGGCUAAGUUAUUUUUUCUUGAACUUUCCAAGAAAGGAAACAAUCCAAUAUAUAAUUUGCUUCCGGAUAUACUUAGCAAAUUAUCCAAGCAGAAUCUGAGCAAAGAUUCUUUCUGUAACAUCAUGCAAUUUUUAAUUGCUUCCAUCAAGAAGGACAGACAAAUGGAAGCUCUUGUGGAAAAGCUAUGUAAUCGGUUUAGUGGUGUUACAGAUGUCAGACAAUGGGAAUAUAUAUCUUAUUGUCUCUCUCAGCUAUCAUUUACUGAAAGAGGGAUGAAAAAACUCAUAGAUUUAUUUAAGACAUAUGAACAUGUCUUGUCAGAGGAUUCUGUUAUGGAUCAUUUCAGGAACAUACUAACCAAGGGCAAGAAGUUCGCAAAACUUGAAAUGAAGUCUUGCAUUGAGGAGUUUGAGGAUAAGCUGAAUAAGUUCCACAUGGAAAAAAAGGAACAAGAAGUUACGGCUCGAAAUGCCCAAAUCCAUCAACAGAAGAUUGGCUGCAGGGAAGGUUUUACCGUGGCUACAAAUUCUGAAGAUUAUUCAGAAUCUAAUACUGCUUCAGAUGAAACAGACGGUGAAGUAAUUGAUGCACGCAGUGAAGAGACAACGUUGCCUUCUAAUGGUAAAUCAAAAUCCAAACUUGUGUCCGAAGAAUAUUCUGGUGCUUCAAGUCAGUUGACAGAAUCGGAACAAGGGGAUAUCGAAGUCCAAUCACCCAGGGUUAAGACGAGAGGAGCUCAACGCUCCAGAACUAAGAAAAGCAAUGUGAAAGAUGGAAAGGGUGGUAUCUCCGUCACCAAAAGAACUACUGAGUCAAAGAGGUAGAGAUACUCAGGCAUCGAUGAACAAAC